UUCAUGUAAUAUUAGAUUUGGUCAAAGCAACGUUGAGAAAAAUUAGCUUCAAGUUUUGUUUUGGGCGAAAUUCAAGUUUUUAUUACAGAGUGUUAUCUUCUAAUCAAAUACGACUAAACACGACAAAGUCCAAGUAUGCUUUUAAAGGGGAGCAAAUCCAAUAGGAACAAAAAGGCAUCUUUAAGUCAUACAAAAUACAUUUUAAAAUCGAAUGGACAAAUUAAAAUGAAUGGAUGAUCAUCCUUAGCAUGUGGUGUCCAAUAAUUAAGCUUCAGGGAAUAUUUAAAGAUCAAUCGAAACGUAAGAAAAGGUUAAAAAUGAGGACGGAUUCAGCUGUAACCUGCAUUUGGUCUUUGUUUUUAUCUUAAUAGUUAGUUAUUUUAUAAUUUUCUUAAGUUUAAACUUUAACCAUUAAAAAAAAAAAAGAAGUGGUGGAAUCUUUCUUCAAAUCUUCAAAAUUUGAACAGAGUUGGUAGUUUAAUACUACUACUUAUUUACCUCUAAACGAGAUUAUGUACUUUUUAUUUACCUUUGGAUGAAUAGACACGCUGAACAGCACGUUCCUUUACUUUAUUUUGUUUUGUAUAUAAUCUUGCUGGUAAAAUAAAAUAAAAUAAGAAAACAUUCGAAAACAACAACAUCUGCAUCAUAGUACUCUCAUUAAUUACAAGUUAAUGGAGAAAUUGAAAACGACACAAAACGCAAAAAAAAAAUGUGAAAGAAAGGUAAAAUGAGUAGUUAAUAACAUCAAAAUAAAAAAGGUUGUGGUCAAUCACAUUCUCCAAAUAGAAAAAAGUAAACACCUAAGGGCAUCUGCAUAUUCAUCACUAAACUCCAUAGAAGAGGUUCAUAAAGUAUUUUUUUAUUAUUAUUCUUUUUUGUUUGAUUUUUUUUUUUUAAAUUAAUUAAUUGAAUUAAUCGCGGACCGCCCCGUACCGUGGGGUCCGCACUACAGUGAUGAACCAAGUUCAGUGCAGUGAUCUCGCAGGAGACAGAUUCACUUCUUUGUUUAUUUUAAUAUUUUUUUUUUCGAAAACUGUGUGUACUCACCCGUUUAAUGGAGAUGCUCUGAUCAGUAAUAUAAAUCAAAAUUGUGCACAAUAAACUUAAGGUGUUUAGUUGUGUUCCUUUUUCCCUGAUUUGAUGGUCAAACAGUCAACGAGAUUAGUUAGAAGGACAAAAAAAACAUUUCUUUGUAGUAAUAAAGAAAGUUUAUUAUUUAAUUAAUAUCUUUAAACUCUCUAUUGUCUAUCCCGCUCACUUACACACAGGCAGUGAGUCCCUUUGCAUAAAAGCAAAUUGACUAAACAAUUACUCUCUCUGUCUCGCUCCCAUCUUCUUUGCUCCUCUUUCCCAAAGAAAAAAAGAAAAGAAAAGAAAAGAAAAGGGGUUUCCUUUUAUUUUUAUUUUUUUUGGGUGAAGAAUUUUACCUGGAGCAGAAUCUCUAGUGCUGCUGAGAAGACCCCCAAAAACCUCAAGAAAACAGUUUGGUUUCCAUCAUAAUGAAGGAGAUAGCUGUUUCCGGGAACACAGUUCCUCUCCAUGCUCGCCCUGUAACUCGUGCCCUUGCCUCUGCUCUGCGUGCGUCUAAGUUGUUGAUUACAUCUUCUUCACCCAACCAGGGAAGGGUUCUGAGAGCAAACAGCAAAAGAAGAGCCUUUGAUGAUGAUAAGAAGAAUGCCAGUCCACCUAAGAAGAAGAAGAAGCGAGCUCUUCUUAAAGACAUCACAAAUGUUACCUCCCAUAAUAAUUCUUAUACUACAAGCUGCUUCAGUGCAGCUAAACUUCAGGUUGUUGUUCAUAUACACAAUACAAUGCUUCUUCUUAAAAUUGUCAAGAAACAUGUUUGUUGCUUACAAGUGUCCCAUUUUUUUUUAAAGGUGCAGAUAAAGAAGGGAAGGGCAUGUUCUUCCAAGGUGGCAUCAUCUUCUGCUACUUCACAAGUUACAGAUGAUGUAAAGUUACAAGUUGUGUCAGAUUCAGAAGGAGUAAGCUUGUCUGGCUGUACAGGCACAAACGAAGCAUCUUCUAGCUCAAAGCCGAGUUCCAGGUUGCCUCCAAGACCCCUUGGGAGAUUAACUUCUACAGUUGAGAGAAGUUGUGUUGGAGGAAGUUCCACUGUGGCAAGUAUCCCCAAAUUCAUUGACAUUGAUUCAGAUGUUAAAGAUCCUCUUCUCUGUAGCCUAUAUGCACCUGAUAUCCACUACAACCUGCGUGUUUCUGAGCUUAAACGCAGACCAUGUCCUGAUUUUAUGGGGAGAACACAAAGAGAUGUGACUCAGACAAUGCGUGGAGUCCUGGUUGAUUGGCUUGUUGAGGUCUCAGAGGAAUACACACUUGCAUCUGACACUCUCUACCUCACAGUGUAUCUCAUAGACUGGUUUCUACAUGGGAACUGCAUGGAAAGACAAAGACUUCAAUUGCUGGGCAUCACUUGUAUGCUCAUUGCUUCAAAGUACGAGGAAAUCUAUGCGCCACGCAUUGAAGAGUUCUGCUUCAUCACGGAUAACACUUACACAAGAGAUGAGGUCCUGGAAAUGGAGAGCCAAGUACUGAAGCAUUUCAGCUUUCAAAUAUACACUCCCACUUCUAAAACAUUCCUCAGGAGAUUUCUCCGAGCAGCUCAACCUUCUCACCUGAUGAUGCCAAGUGUGGAAAUGGAGUUUCUGGCGAAUUAUCUGACGGAAUUGACGUUAAUAGAGUGUCAGUUCUUGAAGUACCUACCUUCGGUUAUAGCUGCAUCGGCUGUUUUUCUAGCCAAGUGGACAAUGAACCAAUCAAGCCACCCUUGGAAUGCAACACUUGAGCAUUACACAACGUAUAAAGCCUCGGAUCUCAAAGAAUGUGUUCAGGCCUUGCAAGAUCUGCAGCUCAACACCAAAGGAUGUCCCUUAAACUCCAUACGCAUCAAGUACAGGCAAGACAUGUUCAAAUGCGUGGCGGUGUUCACAUCUCCAAAGGUACCUGAGAGGCUAUUCUGAAAAAGAGACUCGGUUCAUCUCCUAACCGAUAUAACACGUACGUCAAGUCAACGUCUCUCUGUAACAUUUGUGAUGGUCCGGUUCGGCCUCAUUCAUUUGCUCUCUCUCUCAAAUAAAAAGAGUUAGUAAUUUUUCCAAGGUCUCACAUUUAUACCAAAAAGAGUAACAGGUACAUUCCGGUUCAGUGUAGACUUGUUUUUGUUCUGGUCCGUAUUACACGAGAGUUUAAUUUUAAAAAUUGUAAAAGUCGGAUCGGAUGUACAUUUCUUUUUGGCUCAUCAUCAGGCAAUUUCUGCUCCGGGAUAAUA